CACCUCCUCCUCCUCCACCACCCGACCCUACCAUUUGGACGCUACUUACACUCCGCAUCCAGUCCCACGUUCCUCCCACCUACCUCAUCUUCACCCUCACCUUGACCUACUCACCUCCGACCUACCUACCUACCUUACCUACCUGCAUACCACCGCUGCCGCUCCUCUUCCGCUCCAUCUCCUCUCCGCACUUCCGAACAUCGUCGGUCCCCUUCGCUUCUCUCCUGUAACUGUCCCGUCAGCCAUGGCAUCGGUCGCUUGAUUGCGCACCCCCGAGAUUCCGAUAUGCCUGCCAGCCGAACCCAUCAGAAUGGCGCUGCCCAGUUCAACCAGAAGCUGAAGAACCUCUUCCGCAUCAACCUCAACAGCGGCGCCGACCGUGACAGAGAAAAGUCCUCCGCCGCUCACGUCCACUCUUCACAAGACGCCACCGCCGCCCGCCCAGAAAUCCGGAGCAAGUUUGGCAGCAGCUUUUUCAAGGGCACCGUCGGUCGAUUGAGGACAAACACCACCGCCAGCGAAGGCAACCCCCUCGACGAGGCCCUCAGCCCGACCGCGCACGCGAACCCUUACUUUGCCCACCAAGGCCAACCGGGCCUUCGCCAUCAUAACCACGAAUCAGUACCUCCUAGCCCUCCCGAUACCCCAAACUUCAAGAUCCAAGGUCCUGACGGCGGCCCCGAGCAGCAGACGACGAGCGCCGGACGAGAGGAAUUGGCAAGGAAACUUAGGAGAGUCGCCAGUGCCCCCAAUGCCCAGGGCUUGUUCUCCAAAGGCAAAGGCAGCGCCGAGCGUCCCGCCACCGCCGAGCUGAGCAAGGACCCGUUGGUUCUCGACAAGGAUUCGGGCACCCUCGAGAUGGUUGACCCGUCCAAGGCGUCCGCCCCUAGUCUGGGCGUCCCCGACAAGGACGUCCUCGGCAACCUCCCACCCCCGAAUCGUACGAGUCUCGCUUUCCGGAGGACCUACAGCUCCAACUCCAUCAAGGUUCGCGAUGUCGAGGUCGGCCCGCAAAGCUUCGACAAGAUCAAGUUGAUUGGCAAGGGAGAUGUAGGCAAGGUCUAUCUAGUCCGCGAGAAGAAGAGCAGUCGUCUCUAUGCCAUGAAAGUAUUGAGCAAGAAGGAGAUGAUCAAGCGGAACAAGAUUAAGCGCGCCCUCGCCGAACAAGAAAUUCUAGCUACGAGUAAUCACCCCUUCAUUGUUACGCUGUAUCACUCAUUCCAAUCGGAGGACUAUUUGUAUCUCUGUAUGGAAUACUGCAGUGGUGGAGAGUUCUUCAGGGCGCUGCAGACGCGCCCUGGCAAGUGUAUCCCCGAAGAAGACGCGAGAUUCUACGCCGCAGAGGUCACCGCGGCCUUAGAAUAUCUGCAUUUGAUGGGAUUCAUCUAUCGCGACUUGAAGCCAGAGAAUAUCUUGCUCCACCAGUCGGGCCACAUCAUGCUUUCGGACUUUGACUUGUCGAAGCAGUCCGAUCUCGGUGGAAAGCCCACAAUGGUCAUUGGCAAGACAGGUACCAGCACCACCUCAUUGCACAUUGAUACUCGGUCGUGCAUUGCCAAUUUCCGCACCAACUCGUUCGUCGGAACGGAAGAGUACAUUGCACCAGAGGUCAUUAAGGGUAGCGGCCACACUAGUGCCGUGGACUGGUGGACCCUCGGCAUCUUGAUCUACGAGAUGCUCUACGGAACCACCCCCUUCAAGGGUAAGAACCGAAACGCGACUUUUGCGAAUAUUCUGAGGGAAGACAUUCCCUUCCCCGACCAUGCCGGCGCACCUCAGCUAUCCAAUCUUUGCAAAUCCCUGAUUCGUAAACUUUUGAUCAAGGACGAGAACCGGAGAUUAGGUGCCAAGGCUGGUGCUUCAGACAUCAAGGCGCAUCCGUUCUUCAAGACGACUCAGUGGGCGUUGAUUCGACACAUGAAGCCUCCCAUCGUACCCGUCACUGGACGUGGUAUUGAUACUGUCAACUUCCGCAACGUCAAGGAGAGUGAGAGCAUCGACCUGAGCGGAUCCAACCCGCUACAAGCAAACCUCAAGGGGGUCCCUCUGGAUAGUGGCAUGACGACCCCUGGCGGUGAAGUUGUUGAUCCUUUCGAAGAGUUCAACAGUGUCACGCUGCACCAUGACGGAGACGACGAUCAUCAUUCACAACAGAGUGGACAAAAUCACUAGUCCGCUUCGUCACUACAUCCAAACGCGGGACAUCGAGAGCCGCUAGAGGGCUUUGUUUAGGCCAAUUGAUUUAGUCACGCUCAUCCGUGGGAGAAGGAGAGAGACCGGAUCACUCCCGAGAGAGUGUAAGAGCUAGUGGCUUUUCGACCGACAGUCCCUACAGCCACGGACUAUCAUUUACAAGCGACGAGAUUGAAGAGAGACGAGA